ACUUGGAAAUAGCACGCACAAUGGUUGUGGGCGUCUUUCCACUAGGAAAACUAGCUUUACUUGCCAUUAAGCACAUUAGCAAGCCCAUUGGCAAUCUUAUCAAGCAAACGGCCAAAAAGAAUCAGUCAUUCAAAGCCCUGGUAGUUGCUCCCCCAGCGAGAUUAUACCACGUAAUUGAUGUUCGCUCCAAGAUGUGGAUGCUGGGACUUGGACAACCCCGUCUUAUUCCGCCCCUAACUGACGCGAUGACUAUUCAAAUGGGUAGCGAAAUCCUGGGCGAAAUGAUCAUCUUCAUUAUUGGCGCCACGCUGAUUGUGGGGGAGUUCAAAAGGCAAGCCAAGAACGACAGGUUGAAGCACGAAAAACACAGAUUAAAUCGGGAGAAGCUGGAGGAAAGAAUUGGGGACCUCACCAACAAGGUCAGCCGCCAGUCCAAGGAAAUCCAUCAGCUGAGGACCAAGUUGGGGAGCAGGGAAACCCAUAAGGCAGAUAGCAAUACGGGGGACUUGGAAUGUAACUGAACUGGCGUGGAAAUGUCAGUCGCCUUUAUAUUCGUGAAAAAUUUUAUGUUAGGCACAAUGGUGAUCGGCAGUUUUCCAAUUGGAAAACUAUUCAUUCAUGGCGUGAAACGGAUUAGCAAGCCAUUUGGAGACCUUCUAAUAUGGAUGGGCAAGCAUCAUCCCUUCAUCCGGCGCUAUGUCAUCAUUCCGCCGGCCCAGCUUUACAACACCUUUGAGGUCCGUACCAAGCUCCAUAUGCUUCGAUUGAAACAGCCCAGGCGGAUUCCACGCCUCUCCACUCCGAUCGCCACAAGAUUGGGCGCUGAUAUGCUGAGCGAGGCCUUUGUGUUUGGCAUUGGCAUAGGUCUCAUAUACUAUGAGGUUUCAAA